AUGGAUGAUCUACUCGCGCCUAUUCAAGAUGCCCUGGAAGGCCAAAUUGACUUCCACGGCCAGCGUCUGGCAGAGCUCCUUUCUACAGUUUUGCUGAUUAUCUCCGGGGCUGCCAGUCUCGUCAUCGGAUACACCUACAAAGACAUUUACCUCACGUUAUGGACCGGUUUGGCGGGCACAUUGUUCACAGCUCUCGUUGUCGUCCCACCCUGGCCUGUAUACAACCGCAAUCCAGAGAAGUGGCUUGGCUCAACGGGCGGGAAACCAAACCCACGCAUAACGGUGGACGGCGUGAAGGUGCAAUAA